UCCCAGCACCACGCAGCCCCGGCAGCGCCCUACAGAUAUCUUUACUGAGGUUUGCCGUAAAUCGAACUGUCACUAGCAGUUGCGACGCUGUGUGAAAAUUUCGGAGCUAUUGCAGGUUUAGGACAAGAAGAUGGCUGCUUCCUCUUCGUCUUCUUCAGCUGGUGGAGUCAAUAGCAGCACAGUCACUGGAUCAGGGUUUAGUGCUUCAGAGCUCGUUCCACCCCGCAAAGUACUCUAUACCUACCCCAAAGGGGCUGGAGAAAUGAUGGAAGAUGGCUCUGAUAGGUUUUUGUGUGAAUCCGUGUUCAGCUUCCAGGUUGCGUCAACUCUUAAACAGGUGAAGCAUGAUCAACAGGUGUCUCGAAUGGAGAAACUUGCAGGCUUGGUGGAAGAGCUAGAAGCUGAUGAGUGGAGAUACAAACCAAUCGAACAGUUGUUAGGUUUUACACCUUCAUAAAUGUAAAGGCAGUAGGACACCUGAAAAAAACAAAUGCCACAUUUACUUGUAAACUGUGACAUAUUUCACAAUAGCUACACAAUUCUUACCCACACUUGUUUUUUUGUCCCCUAUCUUUUCAUGGAAAAGUUAAUGCACACCCUAUAUAUGGCGGGAAAUCCCUUUUUACAAAUGUCAAGCUGAUGUAUUCAGUUGAAAACGAAAUACAAUUAAUAUAUACCCUGUUUAAAGGAAUUGCCCAUACAUCUGUCCAAUAAUUGAAAAUCCCCCCCAUCUGAAAAAAACGGCUAUUUUUUGUAUUUGUAUCUUUUUAUUUUUUAUUAACACUUUAACAGAAUUGCUCAUUUUAAGGGCAUGUCUGAAAUCAGAACACCCAGCUGAAUAGGAUCAUGUCUCUAAGCAUUAUUUUUUUUAAAUAAGUAGGCUCCAUCUAAAAUUGGAUCUUCUCUAAAUGGAAAACAAGACCUUUUGUUUAAACCUGACCAUGUGCAAAACAAACAGUGUGGUUCUAUGGACAGUGUACGUUUGUGAAGCCAUGUAUUUGUGUCUAGAAACUGAAUUGAAAUGUGGGAAUAGUUUUUAUUUUAUAAUUUGUAUCUCUUUGUAUACAGUCUGUACAUUACACAGUGUAUAUCAAACAGCUGAGGGCUCAUGUUCAAAAAGUUAACUUAUUUUACAAGUGCUCUGAUAUUAAAUAGUUUUUAACAAUA